AUGGCGCGGUUUUCCUACAAGGCCCUGCAAGCCCCUAUUGUCGCUUGGGUAUUCACGCCCAUGUACUCGGAGAAGAGAAGAGGGCGGCGGCAAGAGAAAGACAACGAGCACACGCACCCCAUCCAGAUGGUGUGGGCGGCAGAUGCACCGGCACAGAUCACGGGCGUCUACAGCGGGACGUGA